CCAGAGCCUGCCCCAUGCCUACCUCCUCAGAAACACCCAAAGCCCUGCUCUUGCACAUUGAGCAUACUGCAAUAGCGAGUGAGAGGGACAGUGUGUGUGUGUGUGUGUGUGUCUCACACUCACAGCUCAGUGCCCCCCUCCUCCCGGCGGUGAUUUAGGUCUCUACCAGCUGCUCCUGGUGCCCAAACCGCACUGUUUGCACUGCUGGGGAGGGGCACGUGACCACUCUUGCUUCCCUUUGCUUCCCCAUCAGAAGUCAUUUUUCUGUGGGGAAGCAAAGAAAUCUGCAGGAGACAUGAAUUCUGCAGCAGUGACGCAGAAUUCCCCCAGGAGUAUACUUCAGUGCAUGCAUAGCACCGUUACAAUCAAGAGUACUCAUGUGUUCCCAGUCAGGCAGGUGCUUCAGUCCCUUGCUGAACGGGAGCCUGAGGACUACAGCUCCCAUCAUACACCAAGGGCACAAGACUACAGUUCCCAUCAUGCAUCAGGGUAGGGGGAAAGACGACAACAUCGAACUCCAGCAUGGAUAAAUGCUCUAACUCCCAUGAUGCCCCUGUGAGAGCCAAGGUGCCCUUCGGCCGUGAGCUGGAGACGCGAAAACCCGUCAGGCCCUGCGCGCAGGACUCCAUUUCCCGUUAUGCACCGGGCCACACUCUCUCGCUAUCGGCCGGAGAGCGUCCACGGCGCAUGCGCGCUCCUUCCGCGCUUGUGGAGUUGGUGGUGUGACGCCAUCUUGUCACGGUCUCAGCCAGCGGUGGGCAGCAUCCUUGGUGGGAGGAUGGAGCAGAGGCGGCAGGGCCGCCAGCAGGCCUCUGAGUGUAUCCGCAAACAGAAGCGCAAGGAGCUGGACGCCCGGCGCAGCAAGUGCCGCAUCCGCAUCGGGGGCCACCUGGAGCAGUGGUGCCGGCUCAAGGAGCAGCUGGGAUUCUCCCUGCACUCCCAGCUGGCCAAGUACCUGAUCGACCGGUACACUUCACAGGGCUGCGUCCUGAGUGCAGGGCAGGGUGGCUCAGAUCCCAGCGCCCUCCCCACGGAUGCCCUGCAGCGCCUGGUCGUCCUGUCUCAUGUUCACAGCCAGGAGUGCAGCUUUAUCCCCAAUGUGAAGACCCCCUCACCAGGAGACAAAGGAGCCCCAGGAAGUCUAGUGUGGGAGUGCAUGGCUGGACACACCUUCUCCUGGGGCCCCCCUGCACCGGAAGAGCAGCCACCGGGAGGUAGCUCACAGCCCGACAAAGCCACUUCCCAACGCAAGGAAAGAGGAGCCAGCUCAGGGCCCAGCCCACCACCUUCCCCAGUUACCAGCCGCAGGCGCUCGCUCCGCAGGGCAGCGCUUGCCCAGGACUCCUCUGGGAAGGUGGUUAAGGUGGAGCCCAACCCCCUUGGGAACAGUGCAGUGGUGGAGAGAAUGGCAGCUCCAUCAUCUACCAGCAGCAUGGACCACGGUGGAGAGCUAGGAGAAGGGAACACAGACACUGACGCAGCUCCCCUGGCAGAGGCAGAGGCUGGCAUGGAAGGGAUAGAGCCGGAGAGUGCACCAGGAUUGGAGGAUAAACCAGAGGAGGUGCCUGACCCCAAAGAGGAAGAGGACGAGGAUGAAGACUUCACCGAAGAAGAUGACCUCACUUACACGGAUGACCUGCGCGAUAAGAAUUACCACCCCUCGUUGGACAGUGACUCCGAGCUGAAAAGAGAACAAAGCCAGAACAAGAGCCGCAAGAGACCCGUGAAGGGUGCGCAGCUGCCUACCGAGGCGAGUCCAGCCAACAGCAGCCCCUCUGAGGAGAAGGCGGUGCAAUCCAGCCGCAAGAAGCGGGGACAGCUGAGCAACAAGGAUGUGGCCCAGAUCGGCCCCAAAAGAAUCAGGAAGGCAACCAAGCGCGAGAUGCUCCUGUGCGACUUUGAGGGCUGCGGCAAGAUCUUCUCCAACCGCCAGUACCUGAACCACCACAAGAAAUACCAGCACGUGCACCAGAAGACCUUCACCUGCUCUGAGCCCAGCUGCGGCAAGUCCUUCAACUUCAAGAAACACCUGAAGGAGCACGAGAAGCUGCACAGCGACAAACGGGAUUACAUCUGUGAGUACUGUGCCCGCCCCUUCCGCACCAGCAGCAACUUGAUCAUCCACAGACGCAUCCACACGGGGGAGAAACCCAUACAGUGUGAGAUCUGUGGCUUCACCUGCCGUCAAAAGGCCUCCCUCAACUGGCACAUGAAGAAGCAUGACGCCGACUCCUUCUACCUGUUCUCCUGCGACAUCUGUGGCAAGAAGUUUGAGAAGAAGGACAACGUCACCGCACACAAAAGCAAGAGCCAUCCCGAGGUGACUGCUGGCCCGGCCCAGCCCACGCUGGAAAUGCCAGCACCUAGCAACAGGGACACGCCAUCCCUGCUCCCCAGCCUCACUGAGGAGACACCAACCAAGGACCACCCGGAUGUGCUGUGCCCACUUGCCACAGAGCAGCUGGAGAUCCCUGCACCAAGCCAUUGCAAAACGGAGAAGGCAGAAGGGCCGGUGUCCCCCAUCGCAGCCUCCGCCGAGUAACAAGCCAUGCUGAGUGGGAUCCAGGUCUGACCAGCGCUUGGGGGCUGAACCACGGGGGAUGUUGGCAGAGAUGAUCCCAGCAGGAUCCUGCCUUCCAGCUGGACUCUGCUGAGAGUGGGACAUAAAGCACUUAGCAGAGGGGUGGGGAUAAUGACUGAACCAUGGCGGGGGACUGCAGCAGAAGAUCUGAAAUCCUGCCCAGGUACUGAGAGUAUGAGGACAGGGAGGCAAAGGCAGCCCUGCGCAGCCUCCCCACACCACAGUCAGUAGAGCGCAGACUCUCCAUGGGCCAAGAGGACUGACACCAGCACCUUCUCUGGAGCAAGGGGGCUCUGAAGAGAAAUGCUGAGGUUCACCCUCCUCCAGGAACAGGCCUCGGCUUUGCUACUCUCAGCUUCAGGGCUUUGGACAAAUCCUCAAUAAAGAAUUAUUUUGUGUAA